AUGCAAGAAGUACAUGAGAACUGGCAGCAAUUAUAUCCAAUCAGUCGAGGCUAUUUUGUGGCAGACGAAAACAGCGCAGAAUACAAAAUCCAGUUCCCACCAGCAGACAUCAGCGGCGUGUUAUCCCCAGAUGACAAGCGCAGCGGCUGGGUUCUCUCUGUAUUUCAUCAGAUUCACUGCCUGUUCGCAGACUGGGACCCCUUCAAGUUAGGCCACACAGCACACUGCAUUGAGUACCUGCGACAAAGCAUCCUAUGCUCAGGAGAUACCAGUCUUGAGGGCGAGUCAGGGUCGUGGUCGGAGAGUAUCGGCUGGGGCCAGAACCAUGUAUGUAGGGACUACGACGCGCUCAUGCGACUGGCGAACGAGAAGGCGGCCUGGGACCUCAGUCACGAGCGCGAGCCGGACCACUCUAAGCUCUUUGAGUCUAACAUGGAUGACUGUGAUUCAGAGAGUGGAGAGUACUGUCACCGAUAG